AUGCUGCUGCAUCUUCGCCGUGCUUCACAUAUCCCUUUGCAACCAAUUUACACCUACCUAUUUUCUCUCAAUGAAACGCUCUACACCUGCAAGAUCACGUUCAUAAAAGCCACCAGCGUCCCAGUCGCCGACUUCAACGACCUGUCCUGCGACCCGUACCUCCAGGCGACGCUCACCGCCGAGAAGGGUCUUGAACAGCCCGAUGGCAUCCCCCAGAUGCUCACCUACCGCACCCAGACGUGCCGGCGGAUGCUGGACCCAGAGUUCAAUGCGCACUGGGUCGUGUCCGGCAUCCCCCAAUCGGGCUUCCUGCUAUCGGUGCGGCUACGCGACGAGGAUCCAGGGAGCUACGACGACGACCUCGGCAAGGCCGUCUUGCGCAUGCCGAAUGCGGGCGAGGGCGUGCUCUCAGAGAGCUGGCGGUCGGGCGACAGGGAGUACAAGGGGGGACGCUGUGUACCUGGUACGCUUGUGGGACCCCGCAAAUACAUUCGAUACUUCUCCCCACUCAUAGACAAGUUCCUCAGCUCGUCCAAUUCUCCAGACAGUGGCGACCGCAACGCCGUCGUGAAGCCUACCGUGUUCGUUGCGAAUCGCCCGCAGCUCGCGGGACCCGUCCCCUCUUUGCUUCACCACCGCUACGCCGGCUUCACGCCCUUCGUGAAAGCGAUGUUCCGCAAGAGAGAUCACACGUUAUACAAGCAGCCUAUGGAGAUAUACAAGUGGGACAAGACCGUCGCGUGA